CGUUUCCCUUAUUCCGCUGGCCAUUGCAUACCAUCUCGACUUACUUUUUGGAAGAAGGUGUUCGUCUUCUACCAGGUCAGUUGCGUGGGAACAAGAAAGAGAUGUGGGGGAUUAUAAGGCGGAGAGUCGCUGGCGGAGGAUCUUCUGCUUCACUUUUGGAUCGGUCACUACAAAGGAUUCGUCCCGCAGUGUCUACAGAAAGAAGUUAUUCAACAGCAGGCAAAGAGGCCUUUCUUAUUGGAAGAGGAUCUAAUCAUGUCCGGAACUUUAGUCACCAUAUUUUUCUAGGUGGUACAGUUAGUUCAAAGCAUAUAAGAGAAAUUUCUGUAUUCACUCAGACAGAUUCUCCCAUCCGAGUGUGGAGCAGGUCAUUCUCUUCAGACAGUGAUGACUUGGUUGAUGCUGUUGUCCCUUUUAUGGGUGAAUCUAUCACGGAUGGCACAUUGGCAAAGUUUUUGAAGAACCCUGGUGAUAUUGUACAAAUUGAUGAGCCAAUUGCCCAAGUCGAAACUGAUAAGGUGACUAUUGAUGUCGCCAGUCCCGAAGCGGGAGUUAUUCAGAAGUUUGUAGCCAAAGAAGGAGAUACUGUGGAACCAGGAACCAAGAUUGCCGUCAUUUCAAAGUCUGGUGAAGGUGUUACACCUGCUGUUCCAUCUGAGAAGGAGAAACCAGAAAAGGAAGCUCCUCAGCCAUCUCAUCCUGCAGAGAAGGACAGUGUUGAUAAACAAAAGCCGAAAGCAGAAUCUGCUCCUGUGCAGGAGAAAUCUAAAGCACCGUCCACACCACCACCCAAAGCCUCAGCUACAGAACCUCAGCUUCCUCCCAAGGAAAGGGAAAGACGAGUUCCUAUGACAAGGCUUAGAAAGCGGGUUGCGACUCGUUUGAAAGACUCUCAGAACACAUUUGCGAUGUUGAGCACAUUCAAUGAAGUUGAUAUGACCAACUUGAUGAAGCUGCGUUCUGAUUAUAAAGAUGCCUUUGUGGAAAAGCAUGGAGUGAAGCUGGGAUUUAUGUCAGGAUUUGUGAAAGCUGCUGUUAGUGGGCUCCAGAAUCAGCCAAUAAUCAAUGCGGUUAUUGAUGGGGAUGACAUCAUUUAUAGGGAUUAUAUUGAUAUCAGUAUUGCUGUUGGUACUCCUAAGGGUCUCGUUGUUCCAGUUAUCCGCAAUGCAGAAAAAAUGAACUUUGCUGAUAUAGAGAAGGAAAUUAACACUCUUGCAAAGAAGGCUACUGAUGGCUCCAUAUCAAUUGAUGAGAUGGCUGGAGGUUCAUUUACAAUAUCAAAUGGUGGUGUCUAUGGUAGCCUGUUAAGCACGCCCAUCAUAAACCCACCACAGUCGGCUAUUCUGGGUAUGCACUCAAUAGUGAACCGCCCCAUGGUAGUGAAUGGAAAUGUUGUUCCUCGGCCAAUGAUGUACAUUGCUCUGACAUAUGAUCAUAGGCUGAUUGAUGGAAGGGAGGCAGUUUACUUCUUACGCCGUAUAAAGGAUGUUGUUGAGGAUCCACGCAGGCUGCUUCUUGACAUAUGAAAGCAUUCCGAUUGCUAAAUUCUGGAUUAGGUGACUUUCUGAAUGAUCAGAUUUUGGUGUAUUUUGAUUCUGUUGAACCGGAAUAAAUCCAUGUUAGGAGCUUAAAAUUUUGUAGGCUUCCUCUUGUUGAUUCACAUCUUAAGCAAGUUUUACAAUUGUGGUCGACAAUGAUGAGUUUGCAAGGAGAGAGUAACUUGCACAUUACA